AUGGCUCAAGCUGCUCCCACUAGCCCAUUCGAGCUCCUCCAAUGGAACAUGAUCCGAGCGCACGAUGGCUUCAAAGCAGGGCUCGAAGUGAUCACUACACGCCUCGCCGACCCUCCGAAGGAUGACAUGUACAACUUCUUGGGAUACUGCGAGGCAUGGGCAGUAGCUCUCGAACACCACCACGACAGCGAAGAACUCACGGUGUUCCCCGUUCUUAACGUCAGGAUGAGCUUUUCGCAAGAACAUGAAGAGCAUAAGGUCGUUCACGCGUUCCUGGGCAAGUUCUUGGCCGUUGUGCGGAAAGGGCAGCAAGAUCCUGCCGCGGCUGACAUCGACGAGUUGCGUCGGCUGGUCGAGGAAGGGACGGAGCCUUUGGUAUCGCAUAUGGACGCGGAAGUAGAACAUCUUGAAGCGUCCAGGUUGAAGGUCGCAGGCUUUUCGGGAGCGGAGUUGAAGUCGAUGUUUGCGGCGACGGAGCACUACGCGAAGGACAACGGAGACCCCUUCUUGGUUGUGCCCUUCAUGCGCAGCCACACGCCGCCGGAGUUCAAGGCAUCAUUCCCGCCCUUGUCUUGGGCGCUAAGCGCUGUCGCUAUUCCCUAUAUGUUGGCUAUGAGACAUCGGGGGUACUGGAAAUAUAGUCCGUAUGCGAUGUCAUGA